AUGACAGAUGAUACGGAUGAUAGCGGUGGGGUGAUUUUCGAGGGUCCCUUUGACCCUGAUGCCCAGGCCACGGUCACAGACUUCAUUGACUACACAGAGUACCUACCAUCAGACCUAAUCCGCUCGUUAACAUUGAUCCGUGGACUGGAUGAAACGUAUCUGGAUGCCACACAGAAAGUUCACGAGCUCACGAAGAUCUAUGGUCAGCUUCCAGAAUUGCCGAUCGAGUCGCGACGCAAUCCGCAAGAAUUACGCGAGCAAAUAUCCAUCCACCUCAACCGCGCGAUCAACGCACGUGAGGCCUCAUAUGCAGAGGCGUGUCGAAUCUACGAUGUUGUUGAUCGUCAUCACGAUCGCUUAGGAAAUAUCAAAAGGAAGCUUGAGCUACUACCAAAACCGGCAUCUCGCGACGCCACUCCCCCCCCCAAACGCUCGAAGGGUGGUCGAAAGGCCGAAAAGGGCGCGACACGUCUCACGCUGCGCGUCGACGGCCAGAUACCGGACAAAAAUGGCUUACCAAAAUCUAGAAGUCGGCGAUCGAUGAUUGCGGGGCUUGAUCCGGAUUCACCUAUUGCUAGCACAGAGCAGUCGGAUAACGAAACCCCCAAGGCUCGAUCACGUCGUGGUGGAAAUGUGAUUCUCCCUGAGCAGGAGGUGUUACAGCCAAAGAAGGACAAGAAGCGCGGUAAACAACGAGUAGGAGGAGUUGGCACGAACGUACACAGCUCUGUCGCAGGAAUUUCGACAAGCAAUGCCCUCGCGCUACUGAAACCGCCACCAGAAGGCGCCAAACUUGGUAGUGAAGAUCUGCCAUGGCUUCGGCUUACCGACUGGGAAAUGACGAAACUACGGAAGAAAAUGAAAAAGAACGCGAUAUGGCAGCCCAGUGAAAUCAUGAUUAAUCGCGAACUUGCGACGGGAGGGAGAGGCUGGGAAGGAUAUCGGGCUGCGAAAGCGAAAGCCAAGGACACUGGAGAUGAACUUAUCGAUUGUGAUGAUAUCGAAAACACUUAUGUACCGGGAAAGCUUAUCCGCAAGAGCGAGGCGACUGCUGAUAUGUCUGCAGCAGAAGAGAUUAAAACCAGCAACCGGGGUAUGAUUCUGAAUGAGGCCAAACGACUCAAGCGGGAGAAUAUGGCUCGGGAGCAAGAAGCGGCAUCUGCUGCUGCGGCCGCAGCAGCAGCAGAAGCAGAGCUGGCCGCCAAACGGAUAAGUGAUAUCGGCUCUACCUUUAAGCGUCUAUUCUCUACAACAGGCGAAAACAGCUACGCCGUUAGCAUAGACUCUGCGAGAACCAAUGGCGCGCCUACAACUCCUAUAGCAAAGAGCAGGGCGAAACCCACUCGGAAGAGGAAAGCCGAAGAAGAACCCUCGGUGGAGCGAUCUUAUCAGCCUACGUCGGCGAAACCACCGUCUAAGAGGCGCAACACUGGCAAAGCUCCCUCGGCAGAAGCGACAAGCGUUGCGGCAGAUUUGCAUCAGCCUUUGCUGGAUGCUACUACCAAGGCUCUCAAACCGCCAUCUUCAAGCCCACCUCCGACCAGAGCACGAUCAGCUGCUUCUACAACACUCGAUAAUUUUCCUGAUACAACUUCUCUGGCUCCCAAAGUCGCUACAACCCCAACACCUCCAACAACUCGACCACCAUCGAGACGGCGUUCGGCAGCGACCUCCAUAGAGCCAGGCAGUGCGAUGAAUGCGGCACUUAUUGGAGUAUCUCGUGAACAUCUCCGCCGUAAGAGUGUCACUCCAGCUUCUAAGACUCCAGGGCCGGAUUCAGGCACUACCGCAGUAGGCACAGGCGCUCGACGGAAGAAGCGACCCGCUCCGGGACCUGUUUCUUCUAGUCUGGAGGGCGGGGCAACGCUCAGCCACGGCAAACGCAAAACCAAGCCUAAAAGGCGAGCACCAGGCAAGGAGACCAUCAAGGGUGAGGACUACCGGAUUGAUGAAGAUGGUGUUUUGGAGAAGAUUGAUCCGAAUGAGCCACGAUACUGUCUCUGCAAGGAUGUCAGUUUCGGAAUGAUGAUCAAUUGCGAGAACCCUGAUUGCGAAGGUGAAUGGUUCCAUCUCGAAUGCAUUGGCCUUAAAGAGCCGCCCAGCCGACGCGCCAAGUGGUUCUGUCCCGAGUGCCGUGUGAAGCUGAAGAAAGCGCCGGAUGGAAUAGAACGAGUGGGCGGUGGACGGCGAUAG